CGUAGAGGUCAUGGAGAAUUUCAUUGCCAUUCUCGAAAACUUAGGUUCACAAAACGAAGCUGCUGCCGUGAAAGCACUUCAACAGUUUUGUUCUAGAAAUGAAAAGACUUUUAGCUUCUUCCAUGUGGACUUAAGUCUUAGAAAGAAAUUAAUUGAUGCGAUCCUCAACGAGUUGUCUAUGAAAGAUCUUGGAGUUGCUUUCAAAAUACACGGUCUUCGUGCCUUGAGGAUUUUAAGCCGCGACAAAGACGGUCUGGGAUCGCUUACUUCUGAUAAGUCUUCAUCAGUCCUACUUUCACUUGCAGAACUUAUGUCAGAAGUAUCGAAGGCCGCGCAAAGUCUUCCUAAAAAAGAACCAGAACAGCGAACAAGAUAUGAAGACCAGGAGGAGACUAGAGAGGGCUCUUGCGAGAGAGUUAUCCCGCACAGCGAUGUAGUUGUUGAAGCGCUCAAAUGUUUAUGUAAUGUAGUCUAUCACAGUCAAACAGCUCGUCAACUAUGUUUGAAAUACAGAUGCAUCGAAGCAAUCAUUGCUAGAGUAAAGAUAUGGUUUGAGAUCAGCCGCUUGGCUUUCGAUGUGAAAUACUUUGAUCUCAGAUUACUUUUCCUUUUUACUGCUCUUGAAAACGCUGCCCGAGUGGACGUUAUUGCCAACAGUGGUUUUUGUGUCCUAACUCAUGCUUUGGACAGCUGUAUUCCAGGGAGGGAUCAGAGAAAAAUCUGUCAUGAGACCAAAGUCAGAGAAGGCUGUGGACAGUUUACGGGAGCAAGGCUCCAGGCACUUACUGUUGUUGAAAGGUCCAAGAUUGAGGAAAGUCCAGUGACUUACACCAUGUCACAAGAUGAGAUUCGCAUGUCUGCAGAAAUCCUGAAAACAAUGUUUAACAUCACGAUAAAUCUUCCUGAUGCUGAUAGCACUGACACACUUGAACACUGUGAAAGGAUAGUGUUUAUUGUGCGAACCAUGUUUGUGCACAUCAAGCCACUGUCUGAUCAGCCAGAGAACCUUCCAAAUCAUGCAAUUAAUAUCUUGUCCAACAUGCCAACUAAUUGUCUCCAACACUUAAUGUGGACAAUGCCAUCCAGUGUUUGUAAAACACUUGCACAAGAUUUUGAGACAAGACGCUCAUUGAAGAGGUUUAGGAUAUACUUUGAGAAAUACAAUAUGCUGACAGUUCAGACAAUGUUGACAAUACUGGAUGAUCGUCUUAAAGGUGCCAGUCAGACACUGCAAGAAGAUAUUGUCCCAUUUCUGAGUGCUUUUUGUCAAAUGGCGCGUGGAAACAGAGUGAUCAGGAAGUAUCUUCGACAGGAGGUGUUACCACCCUUGGGAAAGGUGGGCACCACUCGUCCAGAAGAAGGAAACUUGAUAAGGAAUGGCUUGGUCAGGCUAAUGACAUCACCACUUGAAGAUAUCAAGGAGCUUGUGGCAGAUUUCCUAUUUGUUCUCUGUAAGGAGAAUGUCAAUCGUCUUAUUAAAUACACCGGCUAUGGCAAUGCUGCAGGGCUGUUGGCUUCACGUGGGCUUAUGGGGGGUGUUCAGGCACAGAGCAGUGGAGAUUACUCUUCGGACGAUGAUGAUUCUGAGACUGAAGAAUAUGCCAUGGAUAAGGCACAGAUUGAUCCUAUGAUUGGUGCUAUUCCAAAGGAUGAUGGGAAACCCAAUCCGCUAGAUGAAAUGACUGAGCAAGAGAAGGAAGAAGAAGCUGAGAAACUGGCUGGUCUGAUCCAAGACCUUAAUAGGAAGGGUUUGAUUAGGACAGCUCAGGUGGGCCCUGAUGGCAGACCUCAGGAGUUUCAAGGGGCACAAGCUGUGGGUGAACAGUCCACAGAACAAGAGGAUGAACUCGCUGGAGAUUCCGAGUCAAUCAGUAAUGGAAACGUAGACGAAAGAAAGUCCUCAUAGAGUGAAGAGGACUAUGGCAGUCGCCGACAAAAAUUCAUAGUAGAUUAUUUUUUAAAGGAUUGAAAGAUCUUCUUAAUAGUUUUAAUUUGCGAUACUGAGUGUAAAAUAUGUUCUGAGUGCAACUAAAAAUUAUCGUUCCAAAUUAAUCGCAAUUAAGUCAAACCAGGAAAUCCGUCGUGUUAAGUUGUCUUUGAAUUUCUCCCUUUUAUUCUUCACAUAUUUUAUUUUGGAUACGAACUCCAUUUUCUGAAGUGACAGUUUCCUUUUAAGCCACCAGUUGAAACUCUGCUGUAAAGUAUUUGGUCGGCACUGUUUUGUUUCGUUAGGAAGUCAGGCUAAAUUGACGACAUGAUGGGGUUAAAUAAUUUCAUCUUUGGCAUUAUUGCCGGCUCACCAGUCGAAUGGAAAAUAAGUUAUCGUAAGUCUAAAUGAUAACGUAACGAUAACAAGGGAGACCCAUCGUUACAACUAAGACAAGCACAACGCACAUGUAUCCUUUAUCAAGCAUGAUAAGCUUGUUACAAACAACCACGCUGCAUUUCUCUUAUGAAUCAGUACAAGCUAUAGAAAGACUAUUACCUUAAGUGGUUGGUCGUCUGGGAAAGAGAAGUCCUGGAAAGGACUGUUGUUUGUUACGUCAACAUAAGUAUCCAUGCUACUUGCUGGACUCCAGUAAACCUAGCCUGCAGAGCAGGCGUUCUUGUGGAGUUUGGGCGAAAAUUAGGACUUCGGGCUUUCUAUUUUAUUUU